AUGAGCGAACACCAGACUACGUACUAUAAAGCUACAACUACUGUAACAACUACCGUAGAUGGAAAAAGUACUACCAAAACGAGUACUCAGAGUUUUGUGCAGUCGUCGGGAAGGAAGAAAGCCUUAAUGAUUGGAAUCAAUUAUUACGGGAGUCCAUAUGAACUCAAGGGAUGUAUUAACGAUGUAGCAAAUAUUAAAGCGUUUUUGUUACAACAUGACUAUGAAGAAUCGAGUAUCAGAGUUCUGACUGACGAUCAAUUGGAUACGACAAAGAUUCCUACGAGGGCAAACAUGAUCGAAGGAUUAAAAUGGCUUGUCAGGGACGCGCAGCCUGGUGUCCGUCUGACUGUAAUCUUUGACUCGUGCCAUUCGGGAACUGCUCUCGAUCUUCCAUAUACUUAUUCAACAAAGGGAAUAAUCAAGGAACCAGGCAUAUUGAAGGCUGGUGGUAGUGCGCUGUUCUAUGCAGGGAUUUCAUAUCUCCAGGGCGACCUGAAAGUUGCGAAAGAUAACAUACAUUCAUUUACGAAGAAGGCUAGAGAGGGAAAAGUUAUCAGUCAAAGAAACAAAGCUAACAAAUCGAGUAAAGCUGAUGUUAUAAUGUUGAGCGGAUGCAAAGAUUUGCAAACAUCGGCCGAUGCAUUUGAAGCAGGCAAGAGCACUGGAGCUAUGUCAUAUGCUUUGAUCACAACUGUGAAAAAGAAAUACCCGCUCACAUAUCAGGAACUCUUGAAUUCUGUGCGUGACAUUCUUACUGAGAAGUACCUGCAAAAGCCUCAGCUCAGCGCUUCCCACGAAAUCGACAUGGAUGCAUUGUUUACAUUCUAA